AAGCUCGUGCUCGGACCGCUGCAUUCAGCGCUGCAUUCCAAAUCAACCUCGCGCGGUGUGCGCUUGGAUGUAACAUUUGGCGGCCAAAAUGAAUGUUAGGCUUCAUGUAAACGUCAAUAAUGCUGGCCUGCGGCGUCUUCGCGGUGUCGGCGGCACUGCACUGCCCUCCGCCACAGGCGCUGGCACGCCCCGCCGUGCGGACCCCUGGACCGGCCCUCGCCUCCACGCAGCGGCCACGCCAGCCUCAGCCUCCGCGCCCCCCUCCGCUCGUGACGGCUUGCAGCAGCAGCAGCUCACCCAGGCUCUCUUGGUGGAGCGCAUCAGCGAGGAGCUGGACAUUGACUCUCUCGUGUCGCUGACGUUCCAUGGCGAGGACGAAAUCCGUGGGCUGGCCUCGGCGGAGCCGGUCCGCAGCGCUGCAUUGGUGACUGUGCCCAUAGCUAGCACGCUCGCAGUGUGCAUGGAUGAGGACGGUGGCAACUUGGCAGUGGUUGCGCCGCCGGGGAUGCCGCCCAACGUGAAGAAGGCCUUUGAGGCGGUGGCGGUGCUGGUACGCGAGACGCCGGACCAUCAGCUAUUGCUGCUGGCGGCGCUGCUGCUGUGGGCGCGCAAGUUCGGCGGCCCGGCCUGGGAGGGCUACUGCGCCGCACUACUGCCGCCACCCGGCGAGCUGUCCACGCUGCUCAGCUACAGCCCUGGCGAGAUGCCCGCGCUGCAGCUGCCGCACCUCAUGAGCGAGGCGGCCAUCCAGCACGACUGGGCCCGCUGGUGCCACAGCCAGUGGCUGAGCAGCAGCAGCGGCGCCCUGCGGCGGCUGGGUCUGGCUGACGACCUGGCCGACAGCGUGUGGGCGCUGGGCGUGGUGCGCAGUCGAGCUGUGGAGUUCCCGCUCGGCCUGGUCGGCGCCACCGGCACCGCCAGUGCGGCAGCCGCCGCGGCUGCAGCCGCUGCCGCAGCCGGCGGCAGCACCGGGCCGGCGGCCGCCACUGCCGGCUACGUGCCUGCCGGUCCCGUGAUGGCGGUGCUGGCCCCGGUGGUGGACCUGGCGAACCACAGCCCCGACCCCAACUGCGUCAUCCAGCUCACACCCGACCGCUCCAGGGUUGUGCUGUUGCCGCGCCGGCCGGUGGCCGCUGGCGAGCCGGUGACGGUUGACUACGGGUUCAACCGCUCAUCGAUGGAUCUGAUGGUUGACUACGGUUUUGUGACGCCCGCCAACCCGCUCGACGGCGCCACGCCGCUGCCGGGUGCCGAUAAGCUGCCGCCGCUCGAUGCAAACAAGCUCGCCGCCGCAGCCAAGGCACUGGCGCGGCAGCGGCGGGCAGCGCGGCAGCAGCUGCGCCGGCAGGCGGCAGCGGCCGCCCGGGGCGGAGCAGGCGGAGACACGGCAGCGCCUUCGCAGGUGGAGGCGGAGUCUGUGGAGGGCGAGGACGGGGUGGUGAUGCAGCUGGCCGAGUCGCCAGAGGCGGCAGAUGAUGCGGAGGACGCGGCGUUUAGCGGCCGGCUCAAGGCGGCGGUGGCGCUGCUGGCGCCGCGCAUUCCCACCGGCGCGCCGCCCGGCGCCGCCGGCUCCUACUCCACGCCCGCCACCCAGCGCAUCAUCGGCGGGCUGUGGCACAAGCUGCUGCGCCACACCGCCGACACGCUGCCCACCAGUCUGGAGGCGGACGCGGGUCUGCUGGAGGACAUCGGGGCGGGGGUGCGCAGCGGCCUGGACUGCGGCAUGGCGCUGGAGCUGGACCCGCAGUCCGUCAACCCACCUCGCCCCAAGACGGUGUCACCGGAUGUAGCCAAGAACGCGCUGAGGCGCAUGACGAAGGCCCAGGCGCCGCCGCCGCUGGACGCGGAGGGGAACUUGAUGCCACCAUCAGGCUCGGGUUCGUUGGCUACAGGUGGCAGCGAGAGCGAUGGCAGCAGCAGCGGUUCCGAGGAGCGGGAUUCGGCAACGCUGAGCUCGGCGGCCACUCAGAGGGCGGCAGGCGCCGCUACUGCUGGUUCAAAUGGUUCUGAGGGGAAGCGGAGAGAAGCUGGUACCGGCAAUGGGAUGCAGGAUGCGGAGGGACAGAGUGCGGGGGCGGCGGGUCGGCGCGGGCCGGCCCGGUCGGGGCGGCGAGUGGGGCGGCUGUAUGCUGCGACAAAGGCUCGGCACGAGUACAAGCUGUUGCUGCGGACGGCGGAGGAGCUGUUGUUACUGUAUUCCAAGUGAUUAUGUGCUGCGGGGAGAUGCACUCCGUGCAGGAGCGAGUGGGGCAAGUCGUCGACCUGAGGGAGGUUCACAAGGCCUCAUGGUGAGGGACCACCCAGCGUGUUUGUGUCAGCUAUGAUCGUACGUGGGCUCUUUCUUGACUGGCAACUGCAAUACGCACAUCACCAAUUGCAAUAAACCGCCGGGUUCUGAUAUUUGUUAAGUGAACUUCAAGUUCACAUGACGACACGCGCCUGACGCAGAAAUAUAAAGCAGACCACAAUUUGUGUUUA